AACAAGAAAUUGAAGGUUUCAUUUCUUCUUCUUCUUUAACGAUCAAAUUGAAGUCGUCUCUUUAGUCAACGCGAGUUUUGAUUCUACCCAUUAUUCUCAACAAAGAAGAACGGAAAUGGCGGAUCAGGAGAUGAUCGAAGAAGUCGAAAUACACGACCUUACCAAGAUUCUCUCUUCGCCGGAGAGAGAUUUUCUCAUUCGAAACAACGGCGAACAGGUUAAACUUGACAGUUUGAAAGGGAAGAAAGUUGCUUUGUAUUUCUCUGCAUCAUGGUGUGGUCCAUGUAAAAGGUUCACUCCAACUUUGGUGGAAGCCUAUAAUGAGCUGACAUCUAAAGGAGAUUUUGAGAUUGUAUUUGUUUCAGCAGAUGAAGAUGAAGAAUCUUUUACAAGUUACUUCUCCAAGAUGCCAUGGCUUGCAAUUCCCUAUUCAGAUUCUGAAGUUCGUGAGAGCUUGGAUUCGGUUUUUGAGGUGAACGGUAUACCUUUUCUGGUGUUCAUCGAUGAUACCGGAGAAGUUGUGAUGAAUGAAGGAGUCGAGUUAAUCAAGGAAUAUGGAGCGGAGGCAUAUCCUUUCACUGUAGAUUCUUUGAAUGCGAUAAGAGUGGAGGAAGAAGAAGCUAAGAAGAACCAAUCUCUGAAUUCUCUCUUAGUUUCCAAGUCCAGUGAUUUGGUCAUUUCAUCUGAUGGCAAGAAGAUUCCCGUUUCUUCCCUUCAAGGGAAAAUGAUUGGCCUAUAUUUCUCCGACUCUUCAUAUGGCAGAUGCGUCAAGUACACUAAGGAAUUAGUGAAAGUGUACAAGGAAAUACAGAAAGAGAAUGGAUCAGAAUUCGAGAUGAUCACAAUACCCUUGGACGAUGAAGAAGAUUCAUUCAAAGAAGAUCUCAAGAGUCUCCCAUGGUUGGCAUUGCCUUUCAAGGACAAGAGAGCCGGAAAGCUGGUGAAGUACUUUGAACUCAGCUCUCUUCCCACACUUGUCAUCAUCGGUCCAGACGGAAAUACCCUUCAGCAAGACGUAGCCGACAUUGUGGGAGAACACGGUUCCCAAGCCUAUCCAUUCACGGCGGAAAGGUUCGAACACCUCGAAGAGCUGAAAAGGAAGAAACUCGAAUCCCAAACGUUAGAAGAGGUUUUAGUCUCUGAAGGAGGUCUCGAUUUCGUAAUCGGAAAAGAGGGAGUAAAAGUUCCAAUUUCCGACUUAGUCGGGAAGACCAUCCUUCUCUACUUCUCCGCACAUUGGUGUCCUCCUUGUCGCGCUUUUCUCCCUAAGCUGACAGAGGUUUACAACCAAAUAAAGGAGAAAGAUGCAGAAUUCGAGCUGAUUUUCGUCUCUAGCGAUCGCGAUCAAGCCUCUUUCGACGACUACUUCGCGACUAUGCCUUGGCUGGCUUUACCAUUCGGGGACGAGAGGAAGGAGGGGCUUUCGCGCCUGUUUAAGGUGCAGGGGAUUCCGACUCUUGUGGCACUUGGGAAGACUGGGAGGACUGUUUCGACGGAGGUAAGGGAGAUGGUGAUGUCGCAUGGAGCGAAAGCGUAUCCGUUUGAUGAGGAGAAGAGGAAGGAGAUAGAGAAGGAGUUGGAUGAUUUGGUGAAGGGGUUGCCCGUGAAAGUUAAGGUGGAGAGUCAUGAACAUGAGCUGGUGUUGGCGAAACGGAAGAAUUUCUGUUGCGAUGAAUGUGACGGACCUGGGGAAGUUUGGUCUUAUUAUUGCGAUGAUUGCGAUUUUGACCUUCAUCCUAAAUGUGCUUUGAAAGAAGAAGAGAAAGUUGCCGAAGAAGAAGGUAAGGAGGAGGAGGAGAAGGAUGGUGCUGGUGGUCCUAAAGAAGGAUGGGUUUGUGAUGGUGAGGUUUGCCAGAGGGCAGCCUAAAGGAAUGAAGGAAUGAACUGAUUUCAAAUUAUCCAGUUUGUUUGUUUGUUUGUUUCUUUUCUUGUUUGGACUUUGAUUUGGAGUGUUUUAAUGUUGUUUUCUACAAUGGCUGGCGUUUGUCUAAUCUGUUGAGAUGAGACUUGAAACAGUAUCCUGGUGUUUAAUAAUAAUAUAUUAUUUAUGCUGAA